AUCCCUCACCAUAGCCCACAAGACGAGCAAAACCAAUUUAACCAAACUAAAAUUAGAACCCAUUCCUCUCUUAACAAUCUCAAUUCAUUUCAAAUUCAAAUUCAAAUUCAAAUUAAUCACUUGUUAACAAUGUCCGACCCGGAAAUCAAACCCGAACAAUACUCCAUACCCGUUCCACCACCAUCAACGGAGGCUCCACCACUGCAACCAAACCUUACCGCCUCCUUCAGUAUAUGGCCUCCCACACAGCGCACUCGGGAUGCCGUCAUAAACCGCUUGAUCCAAACAUUUUCCACUCCCUCAGUCCUUUCUAAACGCUACGGCACAUUGUCUGCCGACGAAGCCUCCACCGCCGCACAUCAGAUCGAGGAAGAGGCCUUCUCCGCCGCCGGUACCUCCUCUUUCUCCUCCGACGAUAACAUUUGGAUCCUCCAGGUCUACUCUAAGGAGAUCAGCAAGCGCAUGAUCGAUACUGUUAAAUCCAGAGGUUCGCUAGCCGAUACCAACGCUUCCUCCGACGUCGAUCCUUCCCUCGCCGAAGACGCCGUCGCUGUUUCAGACUCAUGAUUACUCAUCCGGUUAUAGCAUUUUAGGGUUCGUAAAUUGAAGGAUUAGUAAAUUCUGUUAUGUUUUGAUUCUGAUACUGCUAGUUUUCGUUUAUCUGCAUUUUGUGAAAUUGAAGGAAUCAGAGAAUGUAGAGUUACUUAGAGUAUUCAAUUUGUGUGAAAAGUGAUAUCUGUUCUAACUCCAUAGUCUUUUUGUGUUCUUCAUUUGUUGCAUAGAAGUUUGUGCUAAUUGUAAUCCAUUUAUUCAUUCACAUUGUGACGAUGGAUAUGAGAAUCUGAGAUAAUUCAGUGCUUAGUGA